GUGUGGUCGUUUUCUUGAUGCAUUUACGUCGAUUUGCAGCUGAUCAAAUUUCCAUUUCUUCAAAAAUGAAGCACCUGGUCACGGCGACCUCCGCCCGUGGUCCACUAGCAUGGACCUGGUCUUCUACCUGCAGGUCUCGCCAAGCUCUUAUCUUUCGUCGGCUUUUCUCCAGCAGCGGUAGCAGUGCGGCUGCCGCGGCCGCGGUAACAAACGCCGCACCAGCAGAUGAACAUGGCACUGCUGUAUCUCGACAGGAACAUGAUCAUCUUCCAACUCCCACCCAAAUCAGGCAACCGCCUCCCUUCAUCGAUCCCCGUGCGCAGCGCGUCGCCGCGAUGGAAACGAAAAAGAGAGUUCUGGAAUCUCUGCGUGCGAAGUUGCGAGCAAAGAAGACAGCUGUUGCGGAUGUUGACGACUCUAGUAGUGCGGCUGCUGCAAGCGCUGCAGCAGCCACUUCUAGUACCAGCGCGGAUGGGAAUAAAAGGAUCGAAGCGUUCUCUGACCAUGUGUCAAAUUAUCCGCCAAGAAACGAGGUGGAUCAUGCUUCUAAAGUGCAUCUCUACAAUCAUGCCAGCACGUCUUCGUCCACUACUGUCGAGGAACUACAACUGGAAGAUGACACCGAACAAUUUGGUGCGUCGUCGGGCUCGGCCGCGUGUCCGUCACGACCGGCAGAUGAGAAUAGAAGUACCCUUGUUCCCCCACCGAAGGAUGUACUGGACCUUGCGUUCGAAGAAGUGCCUGAAAUCAAAGCCUCUAAGAGAAGUGUGCAGGAGGUGGUGGAGGCGAAAGUGUCAAAUUCGGCCCAUGAGGAAGACGACGGUACUUUGGCAGACGAACAAUCCCUACAGCCAUCCGUGAAAAGUGCCGAACUACUUGAGGCAGACACUAUUGUAUCUUGGGAGGAACAAAAUGAUAGGAAGCCAUCAUUCUACUAUACUGAUAGUAGUGUCACUGCGUCAACAACACCAUCGAGCGACGAGAAGCUCAAUGCCGAGUUGCCGAGGUACCCAAGCGCAGCGCCAGAUAUCGAAACACAAACCGAAGAUUUUGCGCCCGCAUCAACGUCCGAGGUGAAGCAGGAGAACGUGCUAUCGCAAUUGAGUGCCCAAGACACGACCGGUAUAGUUGUAGAGCCAGCACCUCGUGACGAUGUUGAACCCGCCGGGAUUGUUGUAUCCGAUGAAGCCUCCGUCGAUAUCGAAGAGCACGUCGAGCCAGAGCUCAACGCCGUCCUUUUUCGUGCUCGGUUUGCGCAGGACCAAACUCAAGAUGCAGAAAAGUUUCGCAAUCUCCUUGAGAAAGUAGAAAAAGAAAAGCUCUGGUCGCCCCCGCUAGAGGCCGCAGCCUUGGUCUUCGACAGCAUUAUUGCGGUGCAUGCGCCGACAGGACCGGCUUCGGCGAGGUCGUCAACCGCAGGAAGUGGGAUGAUGACUAGUACAAGUCGCGGAAAGAACUCUUCUUCUUCUUCAUCUAGCAGCUCCAUGUCAACAACAAGAAUAUCCACAACUUCAUCCGCAACCACAAAAAGUAACGCAGGAACAACGGGCAAAGUAAAACUCAACCCCCAGCUCUUCGUCCCGAAUUGUUCUCAGAAAGCAGUGAUAAAGCCGCUGGAAAUUGACAAAGAGCAUCGGGAAUUUCUGCAGGGGUUUCUGGAAAAGGUGGUUUUCCAGAUUAACCCGUAUUUUGUGCACGGGAAAAACCUGGAAUUGAAGAUCCAUCUCUUGCAGCAGCUGACUUUGAUCUCGAAAUUUGUCCCUGUGCCCAAAAGCAUUUUUGCCGCCUUCAUGGAGAUCUACAACGAGUACCUGUCUGGGGACGCGCUGAUGCAACCGCCCAAGAUGGUGUUGGGCCAGAUUCGCGAGGUACUUCAAUAAGUCGAUGCAGGGGCGCAUUUCUGUUCCUGUUUUGCCUUCUGCACCACAGCAUGACCACAAAAUCGAUCUGUUCUUCUUUUUUCGUUACUGUGGAUGUAGAAAUGCCAGAGAAGAAAUCCAGUGCUAGUGCAGCAUUUGAAUACAAACUUAACCAGCUUGUCGACCUUUUCCACCGUUUCCAGUGGCAAAUUCCGGAGAAGAUGAAAAGUCUGUACCGCUACGCCGAAACCGUCGCCCCGGUACUCGACGUGAAAACCGCUUUGAUCACUGCGCACGAGCUUUUGGAGUCAAGAAGCUACUCCGAGACCGUGAUUGCCACUCUACUGCACGUGCCGAUGCACGCAAGCAGCGAGGUGACUGAACUUCGGUUAUUAAAGUCGAUCGAGAUGCUGAUACGGUUAGACACCGACGGGUUCUUCAGCCAACUACGGGAACAGCAUCAGCUGCAAGGAGAGCAAAGACGGGAGUUCUAUAAGCAAUUGGACCUGCAGAACUGCGAAAACAAGAAAAAUAAGAAGGACAACAAUAGUAAAAACAAUGCGGGAAAUACCAACCAAGGACUGGAGCACCAGCAGUACGCGUCCACUUCCGCGAAACAGCUGCUGGAUUUUCUUUCCGCGAUCCAAAACUGGGAGUACACGCCGCCGAAGCAGGAAUUGGAACGGUGCGUGGUUUUGAACCAGGUGGCCCAUUUUCUCGAGAAGCACGGGUUCCCGUGCGACUGGGCCUGUGUGGGGCCGUACGCACUGUCGCUGUGCGACAAGGCACGGAAAGUUGCGAUAGUGCUCGAGCUCGAGGAUCUGAAAGAAGACUGGUCGGCGCUCGCGGCAGAAGUGCAGGCUUUUCGGGAGAAAUGUUACGGGAAGAAGCAGUUUCUGUUGCACAGCGGCAAUGAUGCUUCUUCUAGUAGCGCUGGCACAGCAGGAGAUGUUGACCAUUUCAACCAGGAAACGACAAGAACGAGGGCAGGCGAGAAGCAGGUGGACCAAUCUGGCACUCACUACUAUCGUGACGACUUCGACCUGGUGAACCGAAAACCAUUUCAGAAAAACCUGCGCCGCCACCUGCGCAUGCUAGAUUGGAAGGUCAUUGAGAUUCCCGCGUCGUUCUGGCGCAGCAUCGUUGACUACGAUGAGAGAGUGCAGUACGUGAGAGCGUUACUGCGGACCAAUGGUCUGUUACAGAUGUGAUUUUGGAAGUCGCUCGCAGCAGCGCAGCCCACAAGUAAGCUUGCUAUAGUAAAGUAAGACAUAAAACGUGACUUCGUACUUGCGCCUUGACACAAGAAACAUUAUCGUGCUUGUGAACGAAUCUUCCUUGUGCCACCUCCUGAGGCUGAGUUUAUUUUUUUCACAGGAAUUUUGAUUUUCUGAC